AUGCAUUCCAAGAAUUACACGCACAUUGUGGUAGGCGCAGGAUCUGCAGGUUGCGUCGUGGCAGCACGCAUUGCAGAAAGACAAGAUACCAAUGUGCUACUCCUGGAAGCUGGCCCUGACUACGAUAACAUGACAGACGAAUCACUGUUGGGUGUCCAGGAUGCUCGAAAGGUACCAAUGAAAGGACAAUCCGAAGUCUUCGACCUGGCGCUAGAUUGGAAUAUUGAUGUAACUCUACCGCGAGGAGAGUCAAUGCAGGUGCCUCAGGGUAAGGUGGUAGGAGGAGGUAGUAGCAUUAAUGGAGGAACUGCUUUACGGAAUACCGUAGCCGAUGCACAAGAAUGGGUCGAGCUGGGUAAUAAUCACUGGGACUUUGACAGCCUAUAUCAGGUUUAUCAAAGAUUGGAAGACGAUCGAUACCGCGGAACUACUGGUCCACACCCCAUUGUGCGCACCUCUUUGGCGAAGGCUGGUAAUAUUCAGCGCGCCUUUGUGGAAAGUGCUAUGAUGGUCGGCAUACCCGCAGUGCACGAUUUGAACGCAACCGGAGCGGAAGGCGUUGGUCCAUCGCCAGUCUGUUGCAGUGGCCACCGUCGUGUUAGCGCGGCAAAUACAUUUAUUGACCCAAUUCGCAAUAGGCACAACUUCACAAUUCUACCAAACUCGCAGGUUGAUAAGAUUCUCUUCUCGGAAAUCAAGGCUUAUGCAGUACUCCUGGGAAACGGCGACGUCGUACACGCUUCCAGUGAGGUGAUUCUUUGCGCCGGAGCAGUAUUUUCGCCAGCAAUUCUGCAACGGUCUGGCAUAGGCUCUCCACUUUUAUUGGAAAACCAUGCUAUACAGCUCAUCAGUAAUUUACCUGUUGGUGAGAACCUAUCCGACCAUCCUUGCAUACCAGUUGUGGCAAGACCGAAACCUCUGGCAUACCAGGAUGGAGAUCACUCAUUGCAGAUGCAAGCACGGUGGUCUUCUUCUCAGCGCCCUGGAGCAGUUGACCUGCAACUGGUGUGUUUCAGUUACCUUUUUGUGCCUCCUUCGACAGCUUACGGGGCGAGAGGUCUUGCAGGUACUAUGACUGGUCAUGUUGUCGGUAUCGGGUGCAACGUCAAUAAGCCCACUUCGACUGGAUUGGUAACGAUUCGAUCGACGAACGUGAGCGAUUAUCCCACCGUCGACCCUAACUAUCUACACACAGACCAUGAUCGGAAGGCUGCUAGAGAGGUUGUGAGACGUGCAUAUUGCGUCAUGACAACUUCGGCAAUGCAGAAAGUACUUGAAGAGCCACUGGCCCUGAAUGAAAGCAUCGUUGUGGAUGAUGCCGCUCUUGACGAAUGGAUUCUCUCACAGCUCUCGUCCACAUACCAUUUCUGUGGGUCAUGCAAAAUGGCAGCGCGUGACCAAGGUGGGGUUGUUGAUCAGAGUGGCAGGGUGUAUGGAGUACAGGGGCUAAGGGUAGCUGAUGCCAGCAUCAUUCCAACUGUACCGGCAAGCAAUACAAUGUUGACCACGAUGAUGUUUGCCGAGCGCAUCGGUUGUAGUGUACGAGACGCAGUGGAUGUAGGCACCGAGGAUCGUGGUUCAAGUAGACUGUGA